UGAAGUUGACGGUUUAUUUGCAAUUUGCGAAUUACUUUAAAGAUGGGCAAGGUCUGUGCUGUUUUUGGAGGAUCCCGUGGGAUAGGCAAAGCUGUGGCAGAGCUCCUGGCGCAGAAGGGCUGCCACCUGGCCAUCAUUGCUAGGAAUCUGGACGUGGCCCAGACCACUGCUCGUAACCUUGGUGCAGGACAUCUGGCACUUAGCUGUGAUGUAUCCAGUGAACAAGAAGUCCAAAAGACUUUUGAGGAGAUGCAGAGGAAUUUGGGUCCCAUUAACUACUUGGUUAAUGCAGCUGGGAUCAACAGGGACGGUUUGUUACUGAGAACCAAGACUGAAGAUAUGAUAGCCCAGAUUCACACUAACCUUUUGGGAACAAUGUUGAUGUGCAAAGCUGCUGUAAAGGUCAUGAUUCAAGAACAGGGAGGUGCUAUUGUCGAUAUAGGGAGUUUUGUAGGACUUAAAGGCAACUCUGGUCAAAGUGUGUAUAGUGCUACCAAAGCAGGAUUAGUUAGAUUUUCACGCUCUCUUGCUAAAGAAGUAGCAAAAAAGCAAAUUCGAGUCAACGCUGUUACUCCAGGCUUUAUUUGCACAGAGAUGACAGCUCAUUUGGAAGAAGAACAGUUGAAGAAAGCAAUUCUCCUUGGAAGAUUUGGAGAGCCUCAUGAAGUUGCACAAGCUGUUGUCUUUCUUCUAGAAUCCUCAUAUGUAACAGGGAGUGUUCUGGUUGUAGAUGGAGGCUUGUAGCUUAUGACCUAAGUAUUACCUUGAAUAAAUGACUGCUUUAAUGUCAUGAUGGUAAUAUAUAAACAUAUACUAAAUAAAGGGAGAGGGUUGGAAAUUGUUUGAAGAUUGAUGUACAUAAUUGACUUGGUC